AUGGACGCCGCCGCCCUUCGCACGCGCAUUCAGGCCACGCUGACCACGGAUGCCGACGUGAGGCGGCAGGCCGAGACGGAGCUGAAGUCGGCAGAAGAAACACCGGGCUUCCUCGAUGCUCUACUCAAUAUCCUCGAAGCUGAGCAAGACGCGGGAGUUCGACAGUCCACCGCCAUUUAUUUUAAAAACCGCGUCAACAAAGGCUGGUCCAAGCCAGAAGAUGCCAUCCCCGCGACAUCGUCCAUUCAGGACGAUGAAAAGGCCGCCGUCCGCCAACGACUCGUACCCGUCCUCGCCAAAUCCAGCCCCGGCAUCCGCCCCCAACUCAUAGUUGCUCUACAGAAGAUCCUGCACAACGACUUCCCUAAGCAGUGGCCCGACUUCGUCGAUAUUACCAACAACCUCCUCCACUCCCAAGACGUGUCUUCCGUCUUCGCCGGGCUGCAGUGUCUGCUGGCAAUAUGCCGCACAUACCGAUUCAAACUCGGCGACAGCAGAGGCGAUUUCGACAAGAUUGUCGAGGCCACCUUCCCGCAAUUACUGAACAUCGGAAAUAGCUUGGUCAAUGAAGAGAGUCUCGAGGCGGGAGAGAUGCUCAGGACAGUGCUCAAGGCCUACAAACACGCCAUAUAUUUCGAGCUUCCACAACAGCUGCGGUCACAUCAGGCCAUGGUGGACUGGUGCACACUUUUCCUGCGCGUGGUCAGCAAGGAGCCUCCUGCAAACUCGAUGAUGGAGGAUCUGGACGAGCGAGAGAUCAAUCACUGGUGGAAGUGCAAGAAGUGGGCAUACGUCAAUCUGAACAGGCUGUUCGUGAGGUACGGAAACCCUGCGAGCUUGCAGAAGGGCAACGGCGAGGACUACUCCGCAGUCGCAAAGAGCUUCAUUGCGACUUUUGCGCCAGAAAUUCUGAAGGGAUACCUUGGCCAGAUUGAGCUGUGGGUCAGCAAGAAGGUGUGGCUAAGCAAGCCGUGCUUGUCCUACACCCUCGGAUUUUUGGACGAGUGUGUGAAGCCAAAGGCCAUGUGGGAUCACCUGAAGCCACACAUGCCAAUUCUGAUCGAGCAUCUGCUCUUUCCAGUACUGUGCCAAACAGACGAGGACCUGGAGCAGUUUGAGGAGGAGCCCGCGGAAUACCUGCACCGCAAGCUCAAUUUCUACGAAGAGGUUUCGGCACCGGAUGUGGCGGCAACCAACUUCCUCGUCACUCUCACCAAGGCAAGGCGAAAGCAGACAUUCGAGGUCCUCUCAUUCAUCAACAACAUUGUCAACAAAUACGAGGCCGCACCGGACGACCAGAAGAACCCGCGCGAGAAGGAGGGUGCUUUGCGCAUGAUCGGGACGCUCGCCAACGUUAUCCUGGGCAAGAAGAGCCCUAUCGCGGACCAGGUCGAAUACUUCUUUGUGCGACACGUCUUCCCGGAGUUCCGCAGUCCUCAUGGCUUCCUCAGAGCGCGUGCGUGCGAUACCCUUGAGAAGUUUGAGGCUCUCGACUUUAAGGAUGCCAACAACCUCUCCAUCAUCUACCGCAACAUCCUGGAGUCCAUGGCCGACCCCUGUUUACCUGUCCGUGUCGAGGCUGCGCUCGCACUCCAGCCACUUAUCCGACAUGACCCUAUCAGGAUCAUGAUGCAGCAAAAUAUUCCACAGAUCAUGCAACAAUUAUUGAAGCUCGCUAACGAGGUCGAUGUUGAUGCGCUUGCAAAUGUCAUGGAGGACUUUGUCGAGGUUUUCGCUGCGGAGCUCACUCCAUUCGCUGUGGCGCUUAGUGAGCAACUCAGGGAUACGUAUGUCCGGAUUGUGCGCGAGCUCAUCGAGCGCAACCAGUCCAAGGAUGGCGAGGACGGCUACGGCGACUUUCUGGACGACAAGAGCAUCACAGCACUUGGUGUCUUGCAGACGAUUGGCACACUUAUCCUUACUCUGGAGAGCACACCAGACGUUCUGGCUCACCUUGAAACCAUACUCAUGCCGGUCAUCACGAUAACAUUGGAGCACAAGCUGUAUGACUUGUACAACGAGGUGUUCGAGAUAAUCGACAGCUGCACCUUCGCUGCGAAAGUCAUCUCUCCUACGAUGUGGCAAGCUUUCGAGCUCAUCCACCGAACAUUCAAAUCUGGCGCUGAGCUCUAUCUCGAAGAUAUGCUGCCUGCGCUCGAGAACUUUGUCAACUACGGCUGGAGACAACUCCUGGAGACACCGCAAUACCUCGACGCCAUCGUCGACAUGAUUCGAACUAUCUUCAAGGAUGACAAGGUCGGAGGAGUGGACAGGAUAUGCGGCUGCAAGCUCGCUGAGAUUCUUAUGCUCAACCUCAAGACUGGCAUCGACAAUUACGUUCCGGAGUUCAUCUCGCUCGCUAUGGGCGUUCUGACGAAUGACGACCUGAAGGUGAAGUCCUACAAGAUUCAUCUGAUGGAGAUGGUCAUCAAUGCCAUCUACUACAACCCUCGCCUCGCGCUCACUGUUCUUGAAGCGAAUGGCUGGACGAAUAAGUUCUUCAGCUUGUGGUUCUCCAGUAUCGACAGCUUCACCCGCGUGCAUGACAAGAAGCUCUCAAUUGGUGCUAUCACUGCGCUCCUGUCACUGAGGAUGGAGGAGGUGCCACAGAGCGUGCAGCCGGGGUGGCCUAGACUGCUACAAGGUGUUGUGCGACUGUUCCAAACCCUACCUGCUGCCCUCAAGAACCGAGAAGAGGCGCAGAGGGAAGAGGACUUUGGUCUCUCUGGGGAUUAUGACGACGAUGAAGAGGAAGAAGAGGAGUGGGAGGGUGAAGAUUGGGAAGCCGAGGAGACAGAAGAGACGACCGAUGUCAAAGACGAAAGCACUGCCUACCUCGACUUCCUCAGUCAACAAGCGAGCAAGUUCAAUGCUGCCGUUGGUGAGGAUGAAGGUGAUGAUGAGCUCGAAGAGGAGAGCCUACUCGAGACACCACUCGACUCGAUGGAGCCGUAUGGGUUGUUCAAGGCGACGCUUGAGACAAUGCACACCGCCCAGCCUCAAUUCUAUCAGCAACUGUACGGCAUGCUUGGGCCAGAGGAGCAAGCAGUGGUCCAAUCAGCAAUUGAGCAAGCGACCAAGAUCCAACAGGCUCAACAGGCAUCCGCAGGUGACGCUACGACACCAACUCAGACGAACGGAGCCUAG